GGGAACGUUCGCACCGGAGACAACGCACGGCGGACCACGACGCGCACACCACCGCUGUUGUUGUUGUUGUUGUCGCUGUCGUUGUUGUUAAAGUCGUUUCCGCCGCCGCCGUCGCGCGUACAAUUCGCCGCGCUCGUCGAAUUGAUUCAUUCCGUUAUUUUUCCUGAAUUUUUUUUUUCUCGUCCGAUCCUUUGGCCGGGGCCCCCACGAGACACGCUCGCAAGACGUGCGGGUGGACGCCUUCAUUUGUCGUUUGAUUGUUUUCGGGGCUAUUUUCUCUCCGGCCGUUUUCCGCGUUCCGAUCAUUAUGUAACUCGCCCGCACCGGCAGCGCUGACCAGAAACCCUUCAACGCGUCUUUUACACGGCACACCGGCGGACCGCUGCUGACCACGACGAGGACGAGGACGACGCCGAAGACGCUAGCGGAAGCAGAGGCGGCGGCGGCGGCGAUGGUGACUGCGUGCUGCUGCUGCUACGACGACCACAACGCCACGCCCGAGCCGCGAUGACCGGCCGCGCCGCGCACACGGUGUCCGCGACGGCAUGGCUCGUGGCCUGCGUCGCCUUUAUGGCGCCGAUGGCGCCGCCGGACGCGCACGCCGCGACCCCAGGCGGCGGCGGUGGUAUGUUCGGUGACGUAAACAUAUCGGCGAUACUCGAUUCGUUUAGUCUGAGCUAUGACAAAAGAGUAAGACCAAACUACGGAGGGCCCCCAGUAGAGGUCGGAGUCACCAUGUAUGUUCUCAGUAUAAGCUCCGUGUCCGAAGUACUAAUGGACUUCACGUUAGAUUUCUACUUCAGACAAUUCUGGACCGAUCCCCGAUUGGCGUUCACCAAGCGGCAGGGUGUCGAGACCCUGUCCGUGGGAUCGGAGUUCAUAAAAAACAUCUGGGUGCCCGACACGUUCUUCGUCAACGAGAAACAGUCGUACUUCCACAUUGCGACCACCAGCAACGAAUUCAUCCGGAUACACCAUUCAGGAAGCAUAACGCGGAGUAUUCGUUUGACGAUCACAGCGUCGUGUCCCAUGAACCUGCAGUACUUCCCGAUGGACCGACAGCUGUGUCACAUCGAAAUCGAGAGCUUUGGUUAUACGAUGAGAGACAUCCGGUAUAAGUGGAAUGAGGGACCAAACUCGGUGGGCGUAUCCAACGAAGUGUCCCUGCCUCAGUUUAAAGUGCUGGGACAUCGGCAGAGAGCUAUGGAAAUUAGCCUGACAACAGGUAACUAUUCGAGACUGGCUUGCGAGAUCCAAUUCGUGCGAUCCAUGGGCUACUACCUGAUCCAGAUCUACAUACCCAGCGGACUGAUCGUCAUCAUAUCCUGGGUGAGUUUUUGGCUGAACCGGAACGCUACGCCGGCCAGAGUGGCGUUAGGCGUCACCACCGUGUUGACCAUGACCACGCUCAUGUCGUCCACGAACGCGGCGCUGCCGAAGAUAUCGUACGUUAAAUCUAUCGACGUCUACUUGGGCACGUGUUUCGUCAUGGUGUUCGCUUCGCUGUUGGAAUACGCCACCGUCGGGUACAUGGCAAAGAGGAUACAGAUGAGGAAAAAUCGUUUUCUGGCCAUACAGAAAAUCGCUGAACAGAAGAAGGGUGGCCACGACGCACACGCGCACUUGCAUCAACAGCAGCGCUCCGGCCAUGGUAACAUGUCCGCCCACGGUUCGAUGUCCGGCCACAAUACGCUAUCCGGCCACAACACGUUAUCGCACGGCUUGUCUGGUCAUGGCUUACCACCUUCCCACGGUACGAUGGGCGGAUAUGGUGGACACGACAGCCACCCUCGGCACAGUCACGGCGGCCAUAGUGGUCACGGCGGCCAAAUGCUCUCUGGGGACAUGGACCACCUGCCCAGACAAGCUAAUGUACGCUUCAAAGCUCAUGAUUCAAAGAACUACCUCAAGGGCGGGUCGCUGGAAAACACCAUCAACGGCCGCGGGGACGACGACUGCAACAUCACUCCGUUGCAGCCGCAGCACGUCAUGCAUCCCAACAAGGACAUCAAUAAGCUGUACGGAAUUACGCCCAGUGACAUUGACAAGUAUUCGAGAAUCGUGUUUCCGGUGUGCUUCGUGUGCUUCAAUCUAAUGUACUGGAUCAUCUACCUACACAUCAGUGACGUAGUGGCCGACGACCUGGUGCUGCUCGAAGCGGACAAGUAGACUUAUUCGCAGAUUUGCGCCGCGACGACGAUGACUCCAUAAUAUAUUAUAUUAUAAUAUAAUAUUAUUAUAAAAUAUAACAUUUUUAUCUAGGUUUAGUAUAAGAGCUCAACUACAAAAAAUACUGCAUCCCGAGUAUAUUAAAUUAUUAUUAUUAUUAUUAUAGUAAUUGUACGGUUAUAACAUUAUUAUUAAGUGAUGAUUAGGGCCGAGAAUUAUAUGCCCUAAAAGCUAACUAAACAAUAUUCAUGAUGAUAUGCCCUAAAAAUUAAUUAAUUAUGCCCAAAAAUAUGCUCUAAAAAAAAAGUAAAUUCUAAUGUAGUAACACGAAAAUAUUUUAAUACCAAAGUUUAAUAUAAAAUUAAUUACUUUUUGAAUACCUUGGUUUUUACCUACGAUAUCUAUCAAUAAAAAUGUGAUCUUUAAAAUAAAAAUUAUAAAUUUCUUACGUUUAAUGUUAACAAAAAAUUCACUAAUUAAUAAUAUUUCUUUAGAAAACAGCGUUUUACUUUUU